AUGGCUGCUCAAUUUUCUUACGCUCAAGCCGCCAAGGGUCAGCCUUCGGCCACCCAGAGCACCGAGAACGUCAAGGACUCAGCAAACGGCGAACAACCCAACGCUGAGCCCAACGCCGUCAAGACCGCCAACGCUGACGAAGAGACGUCGAGAAAUACGACCCUCAAGGCCCAGCUGGCCGCUAAGCAGGACUCUACCUCCGCACCAGCCGAGGUUAACAACACCACAUCUACCGCGGCCUCCGUCGCCGAUUCGCGACGUGACGACGAGGAUGCCGCCACCGAGAGCUCGACCCGUCGAAGUGACAAGAGCGUCAGGUCAGCAAGUGCAUCCACUCGCGUGACCGACGAAGCCGAGCCGAAGAAGGGCUCUAGGAAGCCAAGAAAGGGCAAGGCUGGUAAAGAGUCGAGCGAAGAGUCCAAGAAGGACAAGGCCGCAGAGCAAGAGAAGGAACUGCCCAAGGUCGAGUUGGUUGAGGCGCCGCUUCCUUCGGUCAACAUCUGGACACAAAGGAAAGAGACCCAAGCCGCGAAGACCACUAUCACCCUGCCCGCCCAACCCGCUCCCUCUCGAUCAGACUCUGCUGCUGCGCCCACUGCCGACACUUGGCCCAAUAGUCAGGAGUCUAAGAAGAAGAGCAAGAUCACUGAGAGCUCUGACGCUACAAACGGUGCCGUCAACGGCACCAAGGCUCAGCGCAAGGUUGACGACGCUACUGCUAGGAGAACCGGCGCUCGUGGCUCCAGGCUGAUCGAGAGGGAUAACCGAGUCACCGAACUUCCUCCGCCUGUCAACGACGUUACCUCGUGGCCCACACCGGAGACGGCCGUUAAGGAGGCCGUCAAGGAAGAGAAGCGCAAGCCCGCCGAGAAAGCGGAGCGCCCAGAGGCUGAAGAUGAGUCCGGUUCCAAGGGACGGUCCAAGGACAAGUGGGAGCGCAUCGAUUUCGUGCCUAGUGUGCAGUUUUCCACUCCUAUUCCCUCGACAAGAGGUUCUCGCGGAGGAAGAGGCGGUGCUCGUGGUGGCCGCGAUACCACUUCUAGAGGAGGCCACGGUGCUGCUGGCGCCGCCGCCGACAAGUCCGCGACAGCCCCCUCCAAAACCGGAGGUGAAGCCCGAGAGCGUGCCAGAGAUGGUAACGCCCCUGCCAGAACCAACUCACAGCCUCCUGCUGCCGCGAAGCGAGCUUCCAUGGACGUUACCAAGGAGCAGCGCAAGGCUUCCACACCUGCUUCCGGCGAGCGUACUAAGGACUCACAGUCGAAUGCAACAAACGAACAGGCAGGACCUGUCCGAGGCGAGGGUCGCGGCGACAGAGGCCGCGGUAACUUCCGUGGCCGUGGCGGACAUCCAGGCAACGUUCCCAUGCACGCUCAACAGUCUUCAUAUAUGAGCAACGGCAACUCUUUCAGCUCUCAGGGGCCUCCCCGCCAGUAUGCUAGCCCCCCUCUGCACCAGGGUAACAACUUUGCUCCAUCCUAUGGCGGUUCUCAGUCUCGAGGAGGUCGUGGCGGCCGCGGCCAAUCUAACGGUUCAGGACCUUUCCGUGGAGUUGGCGGCUCCAACGCCAACCGCGCUCGCCAAGUUCAGGCCAACAUGGGUCAGCCUUCCUGGGACUACCAAACCAUGCCUACUCCGCAGUCGGCUUUUGGAUGGUAUGAACACCUCAGACACAUUGCCAUUCCUCAACUUGAGUAUUAUUUCUCCCUGGAGAAUCUUCUCAAGGACGAUUUCUUGCGCAAGCACAUGGACGGCCAGGGUUUUGUCCCGUUUGACCUCGUGCUUGGCUUUGGGAGAGUACGCGAGAUGGGUGCGCAUCCGGACGCGCUCCGCAUGAUUGCCUGCGAGUGCGCACAGCUGGACUACGUUAUCGGAGACGACCACGUUGAGCGCGUCCGUUCUCGCACACACUGGCAAAAGUUCGUCUACCCAGCCCUGGACCAGCGUGUGGAAGCUGCGCGCAACGCGGGACCUCAAUACUUUUACUACCGCUCCUUUCACUCUGCCCAAUACACCCCAGGCAUGAUGGGUGACUACCCCGUCACCUCCCCCACCGGAUACACAAACGGUGUUGAAAACGGAUACAUGCCUUAUCCCACCGAUGCUGCAGCCGCCGGCCACCCCAAUGGUCAGCUCUCAGCUCAUGUUCCUGAAUUUCAACCCAGCGGCUCGGCUGAGGGCUCGGCCUCUGCUGAUGCUGAGACAAAGGGUCAGCCCAAUAUGAAUGGCACCGCCGAGACUCAAGGCAGCGCCACAUUGACCAACGGAAACCACGCACAGCCUGCCGAAGUCCUUCAGUCCUAG